UGCCCCCUGCAGUGCCCCAAAACCGUUGAGAACUUCACCACCCACGCCAAGCAGGGCUACUACGACGGAGUCAUCUUCCACAGGCAGGCCCCGCCUUGCCUCGCCCCACUCUUCAUCAAGGGCUUCAUGCUGCAGACGGGAGACCCUCUGGGCAACGGCACGGGUGGAGAGUCGAUCUGGGGGGGAGAGUUCCCAGACGAGAUCAGCAGGAACCUGCGCCACGACCGGCCCUUCACGCUGUCCAUGGCCAAUGCGGGGCCCAACACAAACGGCAGCCAGUUCUUCAUCACAACCGUGCCCACCCCCUGGCUGGACGGCAAGCACACCGUGUUUGGGCGGGUGGUCAAGGGCAUGGACGUGGUGGUGGCGAUAGAGAAGGUCAAGACGCACCCCAAGACGGACAAGCCGCUGGAGGAUGUGCACAUGCUGAACAUAGAGGUCAAGGGCAGCGUGGAGUGA